AUGUACAUCCCUAAGUCAGCCGCGGGUGAAAUCGCCGGCGCGCCUAAGUCCCCACCGCAAGGGGGCGGGCUAGCGGGCGCGCGCAUGAAUCCGCCGGCGCUGGCGCGCUGAGGCAGUCGCGCGCGUCUAAGUCCCCACCGCCGGGGGCGGGCUAGCAAGUGCGCGCAACGACCGAGGCGCCCCUGUCGAGCUGAGAGUGGACUCUUCACAACACGCGCACUCGCACCGCGAGCCUCUUUAGUCUUCCCCCUAACGCUCCAAACUACUUCCUAACACUCGUACUGUGUCUCGUGUACUCACUGGUUGCCGAUCCAGUCCCCUCUCGAGACACACGAUUUAACAGGUUAUGAGCCCGAGCUAAAGCUGCUACAACGAUGCCUUCACCACCAUCAUGAUCACGUUUGUCAUCAUCAUCGCUCUGUACCACACCGUUGCAACCGCCCUCGCCCAUGUGACCGGCCGUUACCGCACCAUGACGCAACUUGACACGUCGCACCUGGACCCGACUGUGAGCGUGACAGUCCGGCCCAGCGUGAACGUCGUCGCACUCCUAGGUCGUCUACCAUCGAACCGUGAGCUCCACCUUCCAAAUGACACCCUUGUACUCGACUCGGGCGCCUCCCACCACAUGGUCAAGGACGCGUCUCUCUUCGACGCCUGGCACACACGGUCACACGUCGCCGUCGAUGGCGCUGGUGGGUCACUCAUGGCACAAGGCACCGGCUCGAUCACGAUACGAACGUCGAAACAACGAACGAUCAAGCUCUGCAACGUCUACUACGUCCCCGACCUUCCAGCCAACCUGAUCUCGGUCAUGCAGCUGCGACGCGAGCGCGUUUACACCCACUUUGGCAAGACCAUCGAGCUCCGGUCACAAGGUCAACUCAUAGGUGUGGCAUCACUCAUUGCGAAUCAACUGUCGACACUGGACGCCACCCCAAUCCGGAGCACGGUGUCACCGGUCGCAGCAGCCGCCGUCCCUCUCCUGACUCUGCACCAACGAUUCGGCCACCUAUCCCUCCCCAACCUGCAAAGGGCAGCAUCGUCGGGUCAACUCCAAGGUCAAACAUGGACGUACUCGGUGGCCGAAUGCAAGGCCUUCUCCUGCGACACCUGCAAAGCCGCCAAAGCAACAAGGACACCUUUCCCAACGUCGGACUCUCGCGCUUCGCAACCACUCGAACUGGUCCACUCCGACAUCCUCACUCUGUCAGGAUGA